AUGCCUCGUUUACCACGACUAAAUUUAAAUCGAAAUUUAUGGGCGUCAUCUUCGGACGACGAUGACGAUAGCGACCACAACAAUAUUCGAAAUGCACCGAAGUCUAAUCGACUACGGCCCAUGGAACUUCUUCAGCCCAUACGCUUUUCAUGGAACGACGACAACCAUGGUUGUUUAUCAUGGUCAUUAUCUGCUGCCUAUCCAUCAUUUGAUCAAGUACCAGGAACGAGCCAACAUAAUCAUCUUCUCUUGCCAAAUAUUCCUAGAAAACUUUUAACGAAUGAACAACGCCACUGCUAUGAAAAUCGCCAUUCAUUUUUACCGUCGUUUGAAUUUAUGGACGAAUAUAUGAACAAUAAUUUUCCGUCGUUUUUCGUGUUAUUGUAUCGAAAACUAUUCACGGAUUUAUCUCAACGUUUACAUGUUAACGAUGCUGUCAUUGAUUAUAACUAUAGACGUUUACGCAAAUGUGUCGAUUUAAUGAUUCAACAACGGAUCGAUUAUGGAUUACAGAAACAUGCAUUGUCCGAUGGCGACAUGUCUUUGCACGAAUAUUCCAUUGCAUUAGAAUUUUAUCUACAAAUGGACAAAAACAUUUUCUUCAUGAAAACCUGCUCAUUUCGUGGUGCAGUUGCACAUACAUCAUCGAAUUUUCAAGGAAUCUUUUGCCUUACAGAACCUUAUGCAUCUUAUGGCAUGAGUCCAUGUAAGACAUCCAAUUGUCGUUUUUGUUAUCCACCUGGAAAUAUUUCUAAAAGGACUCCACAACACCAAGCAGUUGUUAAGUUUUCUUCUGCACAAAAUCAUCGAUUUGUUAAUGGUUAUCGAAGUAUUCUCAAUUGCCCAGCUACCUGUCAAACGAGAAAUAUUCUCUACGUAUUGACAUGUCCAUGCGGUCAAUAUGAUUAUAUUGGAUAUACAACGUUGACAUUAGGACAACGUCUCGCAUAUCAUCGACAACAUGGCAAUCGAAUUAUGCAUGAAUUUAUCCUUGGCCAGAAAAAUAUUCAACGUGUUCAAACAAAUCCUAAAACUUUCGAAACGCUGGUAAAGGAUGAUAUGUUACUGUAUAGACACUCGGCUCGCUGUCCAGUAGCUAUGCAAUUAUUUCUGCAAUGCAAUCCACAAUAUUGGCCCCUCAUUCCGAUGUUGGCGCCGGAUGCACAAUACGAUAACCGAUCAUAUAAAUUGCCGGUCUCAAUUCCUUCUGAUCCAACAUCGCCGAUAGUGACCAACACGCAUACACGUAGUGAUCAAGAAGCAGGUUGUUGUAUGACCGAUUUACCACCUUUCCCAUCGAAGACAUAUACGUUUUCAACACGUCAAUGUGCCCAUCAGUUCGAAUAUUUUAAAAACAAACAAGAUUAUAUUUUGCCUGAUUUUAAUCUCGAUCUAUAUCAGGCAGCGAUUGUUGCUGUCUUACCGGAUGAUUGUUCACAAACAUUUUAUCGAUUACUAGAAGCGUUAUUUGUUACACAUGCUGAAACAAAAUUAAAUACUAUGGGUCAUCUCGAACAAAAUGGUGCUCAACGUACACGUCCCAAAUUAGAUAUCGUUGCCGAUCGCGGUGACUGGUGUCGUAAUUUGUAUCGACAUCGUUCAUUAUCACUACCUCCAAUGUCAUAA